AGAAGUAUGUCAGACUCUUCGACUUCUACUAUAUCUGAUGAACGGACGCAUUUAUUGAAUAGAUCUUUUGAAGAGAGACAACCAGAACAAUGGAAGGAUCUUAUACCUCAUCUUCCAGUGCUCUUGACUUCUUGUUUUAUGAGUAUCGUUAUUGGACUAAAUGACGGUGCGAUCGGGUUCAUGAUUCCACAAUUCAAACAAUACUAUGGUGUUUCCAAUCAAGCACUCUCAUUUUUAUUUCUUUCCAAUGCUACCGGUUACAUUAUAUGCGCUCCUCUAAAUGGUCUCUUUGUACAAAGUCUUGGUCAAAAAGGAACUGUAUUCAUGGCUGGUGGAUUUGCUUUGUUAGCUUAUCUAUUAAUCAUGAAUGGAUUUGAUUAUCGAUUGACUUGCCUUUUGAUGGUUUUUCAAGGUGCUGGAAUGGCUCUACUGGAUGCUGGAAUGAAUGUAUUAGCAGCGCAUCUCCCUUUUGCCACAUUGAUGCUAAACAUUGUACAUGCGUUAUAUUCUGUUGGCGCUGCUGUUAGUCCUGUUGUUGGAAGUACACUGAUAGCAAACAAACUCUCUUGGAAAUGGUUAUACGCGUUUUUAUCGAUUAUAUCACUGGUGAACAUGAUUAUUAUCGCAAUUGGACUUCGUCAUACUGAAAAAGAAAAUUCUUCUUCUGUCAAUCAUGGUGAUGAUACUGAUGAUACCGUUUCUACGGAUAGACCCUUGGAAUCAUCUGAAUUACAAGUUGAUAAAUCUGCAAGACAGAUGAUUCAUGAUGCCAUUAUGAAUCGUAUUACUUUAUUAUGUGCUCUCUAUAUUUUGAUAUACGUCGGAUUGGAAGUUACUUUAGGUGGAUGGGGAUACACUUAUUUGAUAGAAGGAAAACAUGGCGAUGUUAUUCAAAUGGGAAGAGUUUUAUCCUUGUAUUGGGCUGCUAUGGCCAUUGGAAGAAUCUUAUUGGGUUACUUAUCAGGAAGAUAUGGGGAAAGAUCAUCGAUCAAUGUAUUUACUUUGUUGACAUUAAUUGGCAUUGUCAAUAUUUGGCAAGUGGAUGAUCUUCGUAUAGAUGCUACAGUGUAUGUCAUUAUUGGCUUUUUAUUGGGACCCAUGUUUCCUACUGCUAUCUCUGUAGCGUCUAAAUCUAUACCAAAAGAAAUGAUACCUACGUCUAUUGGAUUUAUUGCUGGUGUUGGUGCUUCUGGUGCAGCCUUCCUUCCAUUCAUUACUGGUCAAAUUGCUGGUCAUUAUGGCAUGUUAUGCUUACCUAUUGUCUGUUUAGUGAUGGCUAUUGUAAUGCAAGUUGCCUGGAUUCUCAUGCCGUCUAUGCCUGUUUGAAAUUUCAAGAUCCGUAUGCAACUUUUUUUUUUUUUUUUUUGACCUUUUCCUCCCAUUUUUUUUCUCUUGUCUUUUCUUAUUU